GUCUAUCCCCAAGCCAUUGUUAUCUAAUCAAAACUUGGAUUUACAUGCCCAUUUGGGUUAAACACGACUCCAGGUACACUUUUUAGACGUUUGACACGUGGCUGGGCAGGCAAGCGUUAAAAUCACCUGAUGCGAGCCACGGCCACACUACCUCGUCUGCAAGAUUAACUGGGCUUCCCUAAUACACAGAGAACCCUCUUGUGAGGCGCGAGUGCUACGCUUAUGUUUUCCUGAUGCAGCAAUGGAUUGGACCAGAACCGUAUUUCGAUUGCGCGCAUUGCCGGACACUGUUGAGACUCAAGAAAGCGCCGCUCAUCUGCUUAGCGAGAGACUCAAUGAUGUUUCUGUGCACCAUAUCUGGAUUCAUUCCCUAGCGACAACAUUGAAAUAUUGGGAGGACCCUCCUACUAAAGUGGCAACUGUCAUGUUCAGUGUUCCCCCUUCACUUGUCCAGCGCGAGCCAAAUAAACAAGAAUGGCAGAUUCCCGCCAAGGGUCAUGAUCGCAACAGCCGAGAUUUCAUCCUAGACACCCACUUCAUAGGCCUGACCCCUCUGAAUGAUACAAGUCACUUGCAGAAUUCCUACAAUUGCAUCGCCAUCUCCGGCCUAGCAAGUCACCCUUUCGGAUCAUGGCAGCCCAAAGGAGGUGACAAACGCUUUAUGUGGAUUCGAGACGAUCUGGCCAAGCAUGCGCGAGGGGGUGCGGCCAUACUUUACGGCUAUGACUCAAAGCUCAACGGCAGCAGUUCCUUUCAGAACAUCAACGAUCUGGCUAAAGAGCUCAUUGAUCAACUAUUUUCCCACCGGGCACCGGGGUCGGUCACGCCGCUGAUUUUCCUCGCCCAUAGUCUUGGAGGAUUGGUUGUGAAGCAGGCACUGCGAGAUCUGGCUGAGAACCACCCAGAUGACGAAUACAAGAAUCUUCUGAGUGCCGUGCGCGGGGCAAUCUUUUUCGGCGUCCCGAAUCGAGGCAUGGAGCACGGGGAAUUCGAAGCAGUCGUCCAAAACAAUCCUAAUGGUGUUCUUAUUCAAGAUCUGUCCCUAAGGUCGAAUUUUAUCCGCCAACUCACCAGGGCCUUCGACACACUCCCAUUUGUUAAACGUUGCAAGUUUUUCUGGGCAUAUGAAACGAAAGAGUCGCCCACGGUUCUUAGGAGGACAGAUGGCCAACUGACUCGAGAUGGGCCUUCGGCGAUUCUCGUGAGCCCAGAAUCCGCAACAUGCGGGUUUAUCAAUGCCAACCGAGCGGUGACAUUUCCGAUCCAUGCCUCGCACUCUGACAUGGUGAAAUUUAGUCAGGAUUCUCACUACUAUUCGUCUGUGCGGGCAAAAUUGUUACAGAUUUUACAACCACCCACCUCCCAGACUCAAGAUGACAACGGCAGUGAUGCACAGAGUGAAAAUAUACCAGAAACUAUUCCCACUGAGGUGGAUCAAUCUUCGCACCAGAUGGAUUUAUCAGGCGCAACGAGGUCAACGGCAGAGAGCCAUGUGCAUCCGCAAGCACGCAGCAUAGCUGCGGAACUAGAAAAGUUCAAGAGACUCGCAAAGAUCACUGAGAGCGAAGAAGAGAUGUUCAUCAACACUACAUCGAGCGAAGUUGAGGAUACAGUUCGAAAGAUACAGAUGGAGCAGGAACUAUCCAGGAACAUGAAGUACAUGGCACGACUAGAACCAUUUCUGGCAUCGAUGAAACAAUUUGGCGAGCUGGCCAGAGAGAUCAAACUAUUCACAAGCGGUUCGAACAGCAUGGCGUACACAUGGGGUCCGUUGAGAUAUAUCCUUGAUACCACCUGUGGAUACCCACAAGAGUUCGACUCCAUCUUGAAUUCAUAUCAGGCGAUCGGAGACCAAAUACCUAAACUCAGCGGGCACGGCGCUGUAUUUGUCGACCUUCCUUACCUCAUGGAUGUUUUAGUGAUGAUCUACAGCGAUGUCCUAUCAUUUCAAGCAGAAAUUUUGGGACACUUGAAACCGUGGCAAUGGGAUCAGCUGUUCCAAGCCUGGUUGAGAGAUUUCACUACCAGAAUCGACGAGAUUGCAGAGAGAACCGGACGGAACAAACGGUUAAUUGAGAAUAAAGUAUCUUUCAUGGAGUUUGAAACUAUCCGAAAGGACGAUUUGAUAUACGCACGUGCACUCAAGCGCGAAAAGGAGGCCACGACGAAAGUCCACAAAGAUACAGUCGAAAAUUGGCUCUCCGCGUUCGAUUCCAAAGCAGAACACCACCUUCAUCAAGAGAAGAGGCGAGUCUGCAAGGAUCCGGGCCGCUGGUUGCUUGGUAACCGUGAGUUCAAUAGAUGGGCAAGCCCUGAUGAUUCGCUGAAUCCAUUGCUUUGGCUAAGCGGAAUCCCAGGGGCAGGCAAGACUAUCCUCGCUUCUGUCGUUAUUGAUGAACUGUCCAGCAUACAGGGCGCUACCGUGGCGUAUUUCUACUGCAAGCAUGGCGACGAGAAACGUAACUCGGAUGAAAGCGUAACAAGAUCGAUAUUGGCACAAGUUCUUGAUCAAAAUCCUGAUUUACUGUCAUACUUCUACGAAAAAGCCCACAUGAACGCGUCACUGGUAUCACCAUCAGUUUCUGAGCAAAUGUUACGCACGUCUAUGGGGAGUUGUAGGAGGGUCUACGUUGUGCUUGAUGGUCUUGAUGAAUGCGGCCGCGCUGCCAGGAAGCACAUCGCCAGUCGGUUCCGUCAGCUGGUCGAUGAAGCAAUGGAAGUAGGCUCUAUACGGUGUCUUUUUGUCAGUCAGGAAGAUGGAGCAGCUGCCGAGGACUUUCGUUACAUUCAAUCGAUCAAGAUUGGCAAACAAAAUUCCGACGAUAUCUCGAGUUUUGCCGGUGUGUGGCAGGGAAAGAUAAUCGACAAGUUUGGGACAAACAAUCACACCUUGAAUAUUCAGGACAUCGUGUUUAAACGAGCCAAAGGAAUGUUCAUCUUUGCCGAGCUGUUUGCAAAUUAUCUCUGGGGACGGCUGAGUAUCGAAGACCUUCAGGAACAGCUCUUCCCUGAAAAUCUGCCGGUGGAUUUAGACAACCUCUAUGAGCGUAUUCUUUAUCGCGUCCGCGAAGUCAGAGAUGUUGAUACUAUGAGACGUAUUGAGGAAAUUCUAGGAUGGAUCGUCUGUGCCCGUCGCCCGCUACGAUGGGAAGAGAUACAGGGCGCAGUCUGUACCAACCCGGAAUGCCAGAGCUUUGAUGCCCUCAGAAGACUGGCAGACUCGCCCAGGGAGAUUUUUGCCUCUCUUGUUGAGUGCUAUCCCGAUGGAACUGUUGAUCUCGUCCAUGGAACUGCACGACAGUAUUUGACGAAAAGAGUGUCAGAGAAAGGUCCGCGAAAGGAGCCAGUGGUAAAGCUCCACGAGGCACAUUUUUCACUAGCAAUGCGUUGCCUCACGUAUCUAGCGUUCCCACAGCUCCGCCUCGAUCGGAGGAAAGAUGAUAUCAAAUCGGACCUUCUAGACGGAUUCCACCAGCUGUAUGAUUAUGCGUCUGCUUGCUGGGCUAUGCACCUGGAAGGGGGCAUCUCGGAUCUUGGAAAACACGACCUCACUCGUCUACGCGACGCUUUGAAGAGAUUGGUCAAAUUGCACUGGUCCAAGUUACACAAGCCUCUUCAACAUGUCGAAAGAGUGCGGACACUUUUAUCGCCCCUCGAGAAAUUGGAAGAGAAAGGAUCAAACCAGCAUGAAAAGAUUAUUCAAGCGGUCGCCUGGGCCAAGAAGCAGUCCGGUUUAUCUGGGAUAGGCCCAAGCGACGAGGAGGCGCUCACCUUGUGGAAGAUGACGGCCAAGAUCAGAUCCAUUUCAGAAAAGAUUGACACUAAUGGAGACGAGUUCAAAACGAUAAAGAGUCUCUACGGCGCGAAACGGUUCAAAUGCCCCAGGGUCAAUUGUUACUCUUACCACCACGGCUUCCAGUCUUUGAAACACCGGGACAGACAUACUAACAAGCACACCCGACCAUACCUUUGUAUUGUCGCUAGCUGUCCGAUGGGGGUCUUUGGCUACGAGCUCGAAAAGAAAUUGAAAAAGCACCUGUUUGACGUGCAUCACAUCGACGAGGCCAGCGACAGAGACGAGCCCGACUAUCCGGACCCUCCUAAAGAGAAGACAUCCAAAUCUGGACAAGGCGAGGCAAACUUUAAGUGCCCUGACUGUAACACGCCAUUCAAACAGAAGAAGAGUCUGAACAGACACAUCAAAAGCCACACUAGCGGGAAACCGUUCUCUUGUGAUAAGUGCGACAAAAGGUUUUCGCGAAGAGAGGAUUGCGAGCGCCACCAGGAUACACACAGUGACGAAAAGAAAAAGUACAUCUGCGCCGGUGUUCUCAAAGAUGGAACGAAAUGGGGGUGCAAUGCGUCCUUUUCGAGGGGCGAAAAGCUGAGAGAUCAUUUCCGGCCGGAAAAAAGACGGAAGUGCAUCUUGCCUUUGCUGCUGGAGAAGCAGAAAGCCGGCGAUGGCGACGGGAGAUAUCUUGACGAGAAUGUGUUUGCUGAUCAGACAAAGGUCCUACUCGACGCGGGCAAGAAGUUGCCUUCCUUUCGGGUCUUUUUGGAACAAUGCGGGCUUGACGUGCCUGGUGGUGGUAAUGGUGAUAUCCGUUCCGGAGAGCGAAACAAGCAGGGUCAUAAGUGAGCAUACAGAUGCUAAUGGUGAAUGCAUUUAAUGUUUCUAUUCGCUACGCCCAGCCCACACAUGUUGCAUUGAAAGUCUGCACCGGACUUCCUUCGCUAUUCUAGUCCUCCUAACAUACCUC